AUGACAUUCGGGCCGCUUGGAGACUACAUCACCACUUCAUCCAACGGCGACAGCCUCGCGGUUGCUCUCAAGGCCGACCGCAAGUUUCCCGUACCGUUUCCAGUCGACUGUUUCCAGCACGUCCCGUACGCUGGCGGUGGCGACUCCCUUCCAGUUUUGGACCGCGUUCCUCUCAGCGCCUCCCACUACACUCAAAUUGACAAGACCAUGAACGCUCAAAUAUGGGGUGUCCUUCCAACCCCGAUGCAGAUCGUCUGCGACAAAGCCAAAUUCAAGGACAAGUUCCUCCACGAGAUAAGCCCGGCAUGCGACGUCCUAUGCCACCGUAGCGCCAAGGGAGUUCUGGACCGUCGCCACAUCCCCCUGGGAAUGAGCAAAUAUGAGCGUGGCCGCAUUGCCUGCAACCUUGGUAUACUCUUUGUCAUCGGUAUCCGCCUCGAGAUGGAUGGCUACCUCCGCGUCAACAGUCUUUUCGCCGCACCGGCAUGGAACGACUUCGUGGCACGUGCCAAUGUACGCCAACUGGAUCCUCUUCCCCAAGUGGUUGCGCUCGCCAUGGCAAUGAAGCUGGAGGGAAACAAGCUUUACAAGGAGGCAAAAUACGGUCAGGCAAUGGUGCAGUAUCACAACGCAGCGCUGGCCCUCUAUCCUUGGGUCUCGACGCCUCUGCUCUUCACAUCGAACGCUGCAUUUGAGUACGGUGUAGCUCAGCUCCACCCUCUCCAAAGCGAGAGUACCCUCUGGUGCAACAUGUCCGCCACAGCCCUCCAACUCGCCACCCUCCAUCCCGUCAGUAGAGGACUUUGGAUCAACACCGCGUACAACUGCGGCGAGGCGGCUUUCCACUUCCGCUUCAUUACCCACAACAUGCUCGCCAAGGCGUACUGGCGCGCGUACCAAGCCCGCAUGGCACUGCACGAGGUCGGCCCGCUCAUCGAUUUCCCCGUGUCCCCGCCCGUCCGCGACGACAUGUACCAGCGCGCGCAGGAAUACCUCCUCAUUAGCAACUAUGUGGCGCUCGCCGACCCGGGCGACGGCAGCUGGGCACACCGCGACUGCCACGACCGCCACGACGGCUGCACGUCCAUCGCCAAGGCUCAGCAAAAGCUCGACAACAUGUCGCCCGCGGGCGGUACGGUCGCGCUUCCUAGUGGCAAGAGUCUGAAGUUCACUUUCGACAAAUGA